UCCUAGGCAGGAUUGGUUUCCAGUCCAGCCUCAACCUCCUGCCUAAUCUGGGGGAAGCGGCUUUUUCUCUUCUGUGAACCCCCAGAUUCCUUCACAUAUAAAUUAGGGGAUUGGUCUCGAGAGUCAAAAGACCCCUUUCCCACUUCCUGUGGUUCUGCGGUCUUCAAGCCCUCCCUUAAUUCAGCCAAACGAUACAGAAAGAUAAAGCAAGAGGUUAGAGAAUAUAAAAGUGUUGGCCGACGACUUCUUUACUCUCAGAAGCACCUCCCGCCCAGGGGAUCGACGUUAGCCAACCUCCACAGCAAGCGCAAGGCCCGGGUGACGGGUGCCUAGCUGGAUCAACCAGUACAGCUUCUGAGGUCUGGGAGGGAUGGGAUUUCAUUCACUUGCCCUCAUCUAAUAUGGUGCGCCGGGAAGUGGAGGCUAUGGCGAUGAGGGGCGGAGCGAGGGAAAAGCGUCGUUUGUCUCGAUCCGAGGUGAAGCGCAUAGUAAAGAGCAGGGAAAGGGUCACGCCGAUCAGUUGCCCUGAUCAAAGAUGGCGUUCACUGCACCUUUUUCUUUCCCCCUUUUCCCCGUCCCAGAGCUCCUCCCCGGCCCCUCCCCGUCGCUCUAGCCCCGCCUCCCACUCUCCCAGGCCCUCUAGCUACCAGUCGCUGGGCCGGGCGUACUCAGUGGCUCGUUCUCUCCGCCCGGGGCAGCAGGUAGGGAUUAGCUCCUAAGACAUGGCGGCAGCGGCGGCAGCGGCGGGGUCUUCGGCGACUGGGACGAAGGGGAAUGGGAGCGGCGGCCGGCCUGGGCCCAGUGAAGCCGGCGGGCCGCGGAAGAAGAGGGGCCCGGGGCCCCUGGCCACAGCGUACCUGGUCAUUUACAAUGUAGUGAUGACUGCCGGGUGGCUUGUUAUUGCAGUUGGUCUGGUCAGAGCAUAUUUGGCUAAAGGUAGUUAUCAUAACCUUUAUUAUUCAAUUGAAAAGCCUUUGAAAUUCUUCCAGACUGGAGCUCUCUUAGAGAUUUUACACUGUGCUAUAGGAAUUGUUCCCUCUUCUGUAGUGCUGACUUCUUUCCAGGUGAUGUCAAGAGUUUUCCUAAUAUGGGCAGUAACACACAGUGUCAAAGAGGUACAGAGUGAAGACAGUGUCCUUCUCUUUGUUAUUGCCUGGACAAUCACUGAAAUUAUUCGCUACUCCUUUUAUACAUUUAGUCUACUAAACCAUCUGCCUUAUAUCAUCAAAUGGGCCAGGUACACUCUUUUCAUUGUACUGUACCCAAUGGGAGUAUCAGGAGAGUUACUCACCAUAUAUGCUGCUUUGCCCUUCGUCAGACAAGCCAGCUUAUAUUCCAUUAGCUUACCUAACAAAUACAAUUUCUCCUUUGACUACUAUGCAUUCCUCAUUCUGAUUAUGAUUUCUUAUAUUCCACUUUUUCCUCAGCUGUACUUGCACAUGAUACACCAGAGAAGGAAGGUCCUUUCUCAUCCUGAAGAACACAAGAAAUACGAAUGAUUCCUGCUCUUCCCCCAAAAUUCUCUACAGAUCAAAAAUGCUGCAGACUUUUUGAGUUCCCAACAUGUUUCAUAGAGAAGAAUAAGCAAGGACUAUUUUCAAAUACUUAAAAAAAAUGUGGCUAGUGGACCUGGGAUUUACAAAGAGUUAUUACAUGAAACACACUGGAAUAUCUUGUCGGCAUGCUUUUUCAACCAGAAAUUCCAAAAAUGUAAGAAGGGGGAAGGGAUGACAUGUUAUGUAGUUUCCCUUCUCUUCCUACAUCUGCUAAAUAUCUUUCAUACUAAAUGCUUGAGAGUUAUAGUCCAAGUGAUAAAAAGUUGUACCACCUGAAUGCUCGGCUUGAAUUAUAGUUCUGUUUUGUUUCUGCAGUGUAUUUAGCCUUGCCUUUUCAAAGUGCUUGACUGCAUGCUGGAAACUGUAUGUAUUGCUGGAAUGACAAACUUUAUUCUUGGGAAUGCUCUGAGGUUCUGACUUGGGACCAUAGUAGUGUUACCCCACAUCUAGUAAGUGAAUUGCAAUGGACAAACCUGUGGAACAGUGGGGUAAUGUCUGGCCCGAGAGGCAACAAAUUCAGAUUUUAGCCCAGCUUACAGUUCUGUAACCAACUAUUAUUGUCUCUUCUGGGACACCUCCAUUUAAGCAGUCAUUGCCACCUCCCAGAGAGGGACAGUUGCUUAAAUGUCUGUAGGUCCUUAGAGCCCACCCUGGGCCAGUAUUUCCUUCGAGAUUGUUCCUUCAUUCUCAAAGAAGCCCAUGACAUCAGAAAGAUGAUGCCAUGACAUGCAAGUGAAUUGGAUUUAAGGGAGAAAGAGCUGGGAAAAGUGACCUGCCUCACUUUCCCUUUCUGAGCCACGGAGGGUUAAUUCUGAGGCAGAACAAACGCUUAAGGCAAUUUACUAACGUUUAACUUGCACAAUAGAACUACUAAGAAACCCCUUGGUAUGAACCUUCCCUGAUAUUAACCCAUUUCAGAAUUUAGCCAGCAAAGUACAGAAAGAGAAAGAAAAGUUCCGGAGCAGGAGGCUUCGCAGAAGUAUAAUUCCAGAAACCAAUCUGGGAUAGCUUUUCUGAUGUGUCUAUAAUUUUUCGAUUAUCCAGUUCUUCUCUAUCUGUGCAUUUCCUUGGGGGUGAUUCUUCUUUCAACAUCUACUAUGUUUUGAGAACAGAAGCAGUAAAAAAAUUAAAGUUGGGAAGUAAUGAACCCAAGCAUUGUCAAGCUUCUUUGUUUCACUUGCAAACUUCAUCCUUUUUAAUUACUCACCUGCUAAUUUAGUGGCAUUGUUUAAAACCUUUAAAGAAGUUGCAUUAAAAUUGGAAAGUUAAUCUUAGAUACUCAUCAGAAUCUAAAUAAAGUUUGGUCUCUGGAGCCUUUAUCCAAUUGGUUUUGGUUGAGUGUUAAUGGUAAUUAAACAAAAUGUCUGGUCUGUAGAGUAAUUAUCAUUUUAAGUAUACUUGCUAAGAUCAGAUGAGUGUUAUAAUGGAAAACCAAGCUUAACCUUAAAAAAAAAAAAAUGCUUGUUUCAUAAUUUGCAAGCUAAGAAGGAAAAUAAAUAGGAAAUAUGCAAAUUGCAUCUAAAGCCCAGGUAGGAGAAAAAUACAGCUGGAUUAAACAAUGCAGGACUUGAGUCAGUAAGACCUGAGCCUAACUCCUGCCUCAGAGGUUGUGUGACCCUGGGCAACUCACUUAACCUCUCUGUGCCUCAGUUUCCUCAUCUGUAAAAUGGGGAUAAUAAUAGCACCUACCUCCCAGGGUUGUUGUGAGGAUCAAAUGAAUUAACAUAUUUAAAGCGCUUUUCAAACUUUAAAGUGCUGAAUAAAUGCUAGUCAUUAUUUUUUUAAAAAAACAAGUCAUUUGAGGGUUUGAAUUUUUAAAUAUUGCUUCAAUUUUAGUGAGAUUUAUGCUGGGUGUGUCGGGGGAUAGAAUUGGUUUGGUUUUGAGUUGGCAUGGAAAUUCCUCACAUCAGGUAAUCUUAAAUUACAUUAAAUGACUUUUGACCCCAAAUUCUUUUUUUCUCAUUUUUUCCUUCCACAAAAAUUUAAGACACUUACAAAAUGGAAACAAUAUGGACUACACCUACUUUGUUACGGGGGAGGAGGGAGAAAUGACUUGAUUUUUUUUUCUUGGUAAUAGUUUUGGGAAUUGCAGAAGAGGAAGAAGAAUGGAAAUUGAAAAAAAUGCAGAAAGCAAAGAGUUUGUUCUGAAUAAUCCUGUUUGUUUAAGAGUCUCUGCUUUGGAAUUGUAUUAUCAUUCAUGAUAAGUAGACCAGUACAAACUAGGGCACCUCAUUGAAUUUGAUUUGGAUAAUAAAAACAAAGCAUAAUCUUUUUUCAAAUAAGGUCUCAAGGGGAAUUUUAUAUUAUAUUAAAUAUUCUCCCCUUCCCCGUUACAACAUCUGAACUACUCAUAAGGUAGACAAGUAAGGCAUAUCAAGAUAUCCUUUCCAUAUUAUUUCUUAAUAACUGGUCUCAAAUCUCCAACACAAAUCAAUUUCCUAUUUGAAAUAGUAGUGUUCUUUUGUAAGCUAAGUCCAUCCCAUCUCACAGAGACCGGCAACUUUUUUAAGUGCUGUUCACAAAAAAUAACAUGGAAUUUUGUCUGACUUCAAAGUUUUCUUGAUUUCAAGAUAGAGUCAGAAGAAUUUUCUUUGCAACUGACUGAAUUCACUUAUCUUCAGAUAGGCUCCCUGUAGGAGCCCCCUUCUUACAAUAAGUGAAGUUUCUUUGAGAUGUAUGGUAGUGCUUUGUAGAUGUGGGCUCCUCAUCUGCAGCUUGCUAUGUUCCAUUUGCCAAUUAGGACCAUUCUUUUGAGCAUUUAUCAAAGACAUUCUAAAGAUUUUUCUCCUAACAGUAAAGGAGUAAACUUCCAACAUGAAAAUUUUCACACACACAGUGAUAGGUGUACAUGAGCAAAUUGAAUGCACAUAAAAAUUUGCUUAGUAAUCAUUCACUUAUAAAGAAAGAGAAAUGGACAAAGAAUUUAUCAAACCAUGUCAAACUGAAUGCAUUUCCAUUGAAAUUUGGGUGAAAAUUACACAUUUGCAUAUACAUAUAUGUAUAUGUGUAUAUUUAGUCUUUUUGUAUUUUUCUAUGUUGUGAAAAUUAAACUAAUUUUAUAAGUGAUUCACUAAAACUACAUAAGUUAAAUGUAUUUUGUAUAUUUAGAAAUCAGGAGAUCAAAAACUGCUUCAACUUUUUAAUGCAUGCACUUGGAAACUUUCUACUGGAUAAUGUUACUGUGAUAAUAAGUCUAAUUCAUAAAAUACUGAUUGUGUGUUAUAUUUAAAAAUAAACUGAUGUCCCAUCUGUCUGGGUUUGAAAUACCACUGA